UUGUGCAACACCUGCUAUCUUGCUCUGCCUGUGCUAGGUUGCAUAGAAAUUCUUCUAGAAAUUGAUUAAACAUUUGACUCUGUAUUUUCUCUGUGAAUCUUUAGGUUUCUUUUGUUAACCACUACAUUUAGCUUCGGGUAAAUCCCCUUAUACUUGAGUUUUCUUCUCUCAAGGAAUCUAUAGUUUACAAGGGUAAUGUUCAAGUUCUGCCUAAAACUUUUCAUCCAGAAUGUUGAGUUUAAACACAAUACAAAUAAAUAAAUGUUAGCGAAAAAAAGAAAGAAGAAAAAAGAAGAAAUCAAACUUAACUUUAGGACAUAGUUUCAUAGCUUUGAUUGCUAAUUAGAUACUAGUUCUUUUAGAAUCUUGAAUGAUGUGCCCAACUUCACUCUAUCAACACUGAUUUUAAGUGUUUGCCUUGUAUUAGCAGUUCAUACUUCAUACAACUAAAAUGUCUUUCCAGUAGUUCAUGUGGUUUGGUUGUAGGAACUGGGUUGGUAGAAAGACCUGUAAGUAACAGUCACUAUACCACCAGAAUAGUAGUUAGCCACACAAAAUGAGUGGGAUAUAAUAAUUCAGACCUGUACUCUUCUACAACAUUUAAAAAACUAAAAUCACUCUCUUGGUCCCUUACAUUUCUGUCAAACAAGAAACCCUAAAUUAAAGGAAACACCAAGUUUAUGACUUAACAGUUAUAAAAGGAAUGUCUGGACAAAAUUGAUACCCCAGAAAGUCCCCAUUUGUUUAUGAUCUUUUUCUUGAUGCAUAUCUGAAACCACAGAUACAGCGCAAAUGGAGAGACGCAAGAUUUUUGCGCUAAUGUUUCUUGCAGCCAUCUCAGUGUUCUUGCCCAAAAUGGAAAGCCAGGUAGCUCCACGUCCCCUUUGUUCCUCCCAGUUAGCCCUGGUGAACUAUGCUUGCUCUCAGCUGCCAAUGCCGUAUGCUCCUCCUUUAUCCUCCUCCCUUAACUCAUCCCUGGAUGAGGAUGGCAAUGGCAGCAGAAACAUAAGUGGUCAUCAGAACCACCACCAUCACCAUGAUCACGAUGAUGAUGACCAUGACCAUGAUGAUGAUGAUGAUGACCAUGACCACGAUGAUGAUGACCAUGACCACCGUCACCACCACCACCACCACCACCAUGACCAUGACCACGACCACCACCACCACCAUGACCGUGACCACGACCACCAUCACCACGACCACGACCACGACCAUGAUGAUGACCACCACCAUCAUCAUGGAAGCCCUGUAGAAGCAAACUGUUGCCACUGGCUUACUGAGUUGGAUGAUGAGUGUGUCUGUGACAUGUUAGUUCACUUGCCUGUCUUUCUGGCAAGGCCUGCUCACCAAUACACUAUCAUUGUUGAUGAUUCAUGCAAAGUCACUUAUACUUGCGGAGGGAGAAUUAAACCAUAAGGAGACAUCAUGAUUCAUGGAUGCUUUGGUUUCUGAAGAUUUAUCUCUCAAGUCUCAAGUACUCUCCAUAAGUCUGCUUCUACUACCUAUUAUUGACCUCAAGUUGCUACUUGUAAUCAGUCUUUACUUGUUCUGGUUCCUAUCUCCUGCUAAUCAUGUUUCUAUUAUCUUUCAUUCCUGAAAAUAAAAUUGUAGCUGUUCUCUCAUUUGUUUAAGCAUUGUAAGGUUUUAAUUCAGUUGUUCAAAACAGUGACCAGAUGU